CAGUUCACCACAUAAAAAUAUACUUUCCCCAUAAUUUUAAAUUAGAAAGUAAUUAGAACAAUGUUGUUAUGCUUUCUGGUAUUUUAUUCCAGCCAGGAGCUUCUUCAGGUGAGAUAUUUUAACUAAAGGUGAAUCAUAUUUAAUACCAAUAAUUAAUAACCUGGAUGAGGCUUCAGUUCGGUUAGAGGCAAUUCCCAGGAGAUGCGACACAGUUAGCUACUGGAGCAGCAUGACGCACAGAAGGUUCUGAUAGCAGGGGCUGCGGCCCCCGCCCGGCCCCCGCCCUGCCCGGCGCCGUCUGAUAACAGAGGAACAACAAGGCUGAAGCUUCACGCCUCGUUUUCCCUCCAACAGGAAUUAUUGACCUUCUUCUGGUUUUCCUGGCUCCUUUCAGCCGUUUGACUGAGUUAAAGUUAGGUCAAGUUAGUUACAGGGUCAGUUUAGCUAACGCAGUGAUAAAAUGGUUGAUUGAGGCCGAACUGACCGCAGGGAAGAGUCUGUACCUCGGGGACUUGGGGCAGGAUGCUGUCCAAGAAGGAGAAGAAGCUGAUUAAGGAGAUGUGGGAGCGUCUGACUCCGGUGGCCGAAGACAUCGGCUCUGAAGCUCUGCUCAGGAUGUUUGCUUCGUAUCCGGGAACCAAGACGUAUUUCUCCCACCUGGACAUCAGCCCUGGCUCCGCCCACCUCUCCUCCCACGGGAAGAAGAUCGUCCUCGCCAUCGCCGAGGGCGCCAAGGACAUCAGCCAGCUGACCGUCACGCUGGCGCCGCUGCAGACGCUGCAUGCCUACCAGCUGCGGAUAGAUCCCACCAACUUCAAGGUUCUGCUCCAGGUUUCAUUCGUUGCUCCUCUCUCUCUCUCCCUCCUGCAGCUGCUCUCUCACUGUAUGCUGGUCACGCUGGCCUGCUACCUGGGGUCAGAGUUCACGCCGGUCGCUCACGCUGCCAUGGACAAGUUCCUGUCAGCCUUCGCUGCCGUUCUCUCAGAGAAAUACAGAUGAGACUCAGCCACCGUUCCAGAUCAUAUGUACAUGUAAAUGAUGUGUUAUUGUUUUAUGGGUUUUGUUAUAAUAAACAACUGCAGCAUAAAUGA